GUGGAACAAAGACGACUAUUGCCUGUGUGUGCCUUUUGUGACCCUCUCGCCAAGGGUUGUUUCUAUUAUGGAUGUUAUUAUUAGGUGUAUUAUUCAAUGAUGCCGCCCAUGCCUACAUGUCUCAGCCGCCAGCACGCCAGGAUCACCCUGGUCGCGCGUCUAGAACGGGUGUCUGCAACAGGAAUCAAGCCUCAGCAGUAGACCGGGGUAUGAUGCCUACUUAUUCCCCAUGUUAUCGCUCAUAAAGUCGGUCGUGGAGGCAUCAUCUCAUACCUCUUCCCCUCUUCUGAGACUAGACAAUCAUAAAAAUAUAAACUGCCUGUCGUCUCGUCCUCUUUCCCUUUCUUGCCCCUGUCUCUUUUUACCCAUCUUCUUUCUUCCUUGAUCAGAUCUUUUGGCUCGGUUGGUUCUGCCUGCUGGCUUGUGGUUGUUGCUGGAGACCCACUUCCAUCGUUCGGUGAAUGGUCUAUCUGUCUACUGCCAUUCCCUUUCCUUCUUGUCCACGCUAUAACCGACGACCAUCUCUACAGAGCAGGAACCAUGGUUACUGCUCCAAGGUUCUUUCGAACUCAACCUUCUGCUGGGGAAAUUGCUCCAGAGGCUCAAGCGGAAUUCAGUGGCAUCGCCCACAUGCCUGGAUCACGGCCUUUUGUGAGUGAAGCCACGCUACCGUAGGAACUUGUGUAUGUCCUUGCUGACCAACGACAACAGACUCCUCCUUCCUUCUAUUCUUCCGAUGGCGAUUACUCCCAGAUGAUGCCGAUUCGACCUGCAGUAAGCUUUGCCUGCUCUGACGACAUUCCAUCAAUACUGACACACACUUCAGGUUGACACUCCCCCGCUGACUGCUGAAGAUGCACUUUCUCUGGGCACCCGACGAUCGUCGCCGGCACGCUGGGCAUCCCCCGCUCCCCGAAGCGUGCCUAUGAACGUCCAGGGUAACGUCAGAGUGUGCAGGCCACCAAGGAGCAGGCGCCGUCGAAGCAAAAAGGACAGAGCUGAGGGAGCGUCCCAACUGCCAGGUCCCUUGAGCGAAUUGACGAAGCAUAUGACCCAUAUCCCUAUCCGGGACAUGGAAGCCCAGGUAAAUCGGCCAAUUGAGGUCCGGCGCCAGGAGGCGCUCAGGAAGGGAAGGGUAGUGCGACCGAUGAAUUCCUUCAUGCUCUAUCGAUCUGCAUAUGCCGAGAGGACCAAGGAAUGGUGUGAACAGAAUAACCACCAGGUUGUCUCAAAAAUAUGUGGCUGGAGCUGGCCGCUUGAGCCUAAUGAGAUCCGGGAGAAGUAUGAGCGAUUGGCAUUGAAGGAGAGGGAUAACCAUCUGCUUGCACACCCACAAUACAGGUUCAAGCCCACCAAGAACCCAUCCAAGAAAACCCCAGCUUCUUCGGUAAAUGGGGAUGAAUCCACCGACCUGGAUGAUUUUGCCUCGCCUUCCUCCCUCAUGGGCCAUCAAGGCAGCGCUGAGGUCGACAGCGCCUUCAACAGUCGCGGCUCAACUCCCCUUGAUACUCCGGAAUCGUCCUUUGCGGGCAGUUAUAGCAGCUCUCCCUGGCAGAUGGGACGGUCGUUCCCCACGGGGAUGAUGACACCUCCCGAACCGGCGCAUCAUCUCAUCCCAUCAUCUAUCCACCAAAGCGUACUGGGCGCGCAUGUGGAGGACGUGCCAUUCCAGGAUAUCCAAUUCACCUCUGCCCUAGCCGGUCUACCGGGCAGUGCACACCAUGAUCUGCUCCAACCUCAGACUUCUGCCCCAGCCCCUGGACAAGCCGGUGAAGGUCAACUAGACCCCCAGCUGCUAUUCCAUCAUGGACAACCCAGCACUGGUGUUGACGGUCACGGUUACAACCACAACAGCAACAACUUCCCAUACGCCUGGCAAGAACAUCCCACAGCCAGCUGCUAUCUGCCCAUGACCGCUGCCUUGACUCCAAACACGAUGCAAGCCUAUCAAGUCCUCGAGCCGUCCUAUUCGUCUGAUAUCCAUGCGGGUACCGAUGGACGCGACGCAUGGAGCCUGUCUUAUGAGACUAGCUUCGACGAUUCGAAAGAAUUCGAUCGUUGGUUUGAUCCUCAAUCGGACGGGUAUUGAGAAGAUGCGCCCAGAAGAAGAUGGGUUAACCUAUCAAUCCUAUGUUAAUAUUUGCUUGUCGUGGUCCGAAUGUCUUCAUCUCUUUUGUUUCUUUCAUCCUUUUUUGUCGGAGUUGGCGCCAUAGGAUAAAGCUAGUGGAAUAAUCUCUAGGAUUGUGGAUGGCAUGCUGUUGGUCCCUUUGAUUAUGAUUGAUUUGUUAUCAUGUAUAAGUUCUUAGGAUUGUACAAUGAAAAACCUGUACAGGCUGCA